AUGACGAGCACCCCGCAGCACCAAGACUUCUAUUUUGUGGUGGAGAAGAUUGACGUGGUGCCUGAGCUUAGGGAACGGGCACAGCAAUAUGAGAAGAGCAUACGCGAUAGCAACGCAAAGCAUGUAGGCCAGCUCUUGGGCAUCCACUACACAAAGAUCACCAAGGAUUCGGUGGAAGCCACUAUGCCCGUGACCGACAGACACCACCAAGUCAUUGGCCUUCUGCAUGGAGGCCUCAAUGCUGCCCUUGCGGAGGACGUGGCCAGCACAGCUGCUACGCUGCACGUCGCCGACAUGGCCAAGCAGUUCGUUGUGGGCAGCACCAUCACUGCUAACCACAUCCGCUCCGUCACCAGUGGCUUUGUUACGGCCACGGCGACAGUACAGCACAAGGGCCGUAGGCAGCAGGUGUGGCAGGUCACCAUCCGCAACGAGAAGGGCGAGGUCGCGUGCGUGUCCUACUGCACCCUCGUCGUGCUCGACAAGAAGAGCGUGAUCGGAUCCGCCCAGAGGAACCACCAGCAGCAGCAACAGCAAGGUCAAGGCAAGGCCAAGCUCUGA